AUCCAAAAAAUAAAUCAACCCUUGGUGGACGGCGAAAAAUCCCUUGUGGUUUACCGACCCGUAAAAAUGAAAUCAGUCCGCUUCCACCAGUGAUCCACCAUGUCAUCGCACGCUAUUACAGCUGCUACGGCAGCGACCGCCGCCGUUAAACAACUGUUACUCCAUCGUUCAUCCACCUUCCCUCUGCUACAUUACAACCGCCGCCACAUCUCCUCUACUCUUCUCGCAGUCGCCACUUAUUCAAGCGCCCUAUCAUCCUCCACACGUAACAAGAAAAAGCUAAACAGAAAAGAUAAUUCUGUUAGUAGCAGUCGUAGAGCAUUAACAGAUUCAGUAGUGAAGAGGAGGACUCGAUCGGAUAAAAAGUUCGAUGAGGAUAACUUUCGUCAAUUUGGUGACACCGGCACUCAUAUUCCGGUCAUGCUCGGUGAGGUUUUGGAGGUUUUUGAUUCUCGAAAGCUUCACACGUUUGUUGAUUGUACGCUUGGAGCUGCAGGACAUUCUUCUGCUAUAAUUCAGGCUCAUCCAGAAAUGCAAACAUACGUUGGACUAGAUUGUGAUCCUGUUGCCCACGGAAAGGCAAAAACUAAGAUUGAUACGAUCCAAGCUGCCACCAAUUCCCGUGACUCAAUUUCCGACCUAAAAACACAUACCUUCUUGCGAAACUUCAAGCACAUCAGGUCCACAUUAUCCGAGGUUGACGAGAAGCUUCUGAUUUCAGGAAUCGAUGGGAUCUUAAUGGACUUAGGAAUGUCAUCCAUGCAGGUAAACAAUGCCAAUCGAGGAUUCAGUGUGCUCUGUGAUGGACCCCUAGAUAUGAGAAUGGAUCCUCAGGCCAGUUUGACAGCUGAAGACAUACUAAAUUCAUGGCCAGAGGCAGAAUUAGGACAAAUUUUACGUGACUACGGGGAAGAAAACAACUGGCGCGCUCUUCAGAAAAGGAUCGUUAAGGCCCGCUUAAGUGGUGGAUUACAUUCUACCAGUGAACUUGUAGAUCUAAUUCGGAGUUGUACAUCUGGUGGAAAAGGAGGGAGGCAGGGUUGGAUAAAGACAGCAACACGGGUAUUCCAGGCUUUAAGAAUAGCUGUUAAUGAUGAACUGAAGACGCUAGAGUCUUCAUUGUACGAUUGCUACCGCUGUCUUGCACCUGGCGGGAGGCUUGCAGUCAUAUCGUUUCACAGUCUGGAGGACAGAAUUGUAAAACAGACAUUUCUUAACAUCAUUAACACCGGGUUAACUGAUGAAAACAAAACUGUUGAUUCUGAAAAUGACGAUGAAAAAGAAGCAUGGGUCAAACAGAUGAUCCAUGGGGCCGGUGGAGUCAUCCUCACAAAGAGACCUGUUACGCCUUCUGAAGAUGAAGAGAAACUGAAUGUUCGUUGUAGGAGUGCUAAACUCAGAGUAAUACAAAGACAUUGAAGCAAAAUCUGAGGGGAAGAUUAGGAAUAGAUUAUAAUCUUAUGAGGAGUUGAACAUUUUGUUUUAGGUUUUAUAUAUUUGAUAAGUUCUUUUUAACUUUUUUCUAAAAAAA